AUGAGUGAUGACGAGGAUGAACACCGUGUCGUACAAGAUCAACCCUAUGAUGAAUCGAUGGACGUUGGCGAUGGAGAAGACGUAGCUAGUAUGUAUACACCUUUACCAAGCAAUCGAAAACCUCCAGCACCUGAUACGCAUUUGAACACAGGAAUGGGUCAGUUUUCUCGAGAACCGCCUAUUGUUCGUCGUCAACAAGGUGAUACUCCUGAUGCUAGUCCUCGACAAGAUAAUGAUGAUACACAAGAUGAAACUGAUUCGGAUCCGCCAUCAUCACAAAUGUCAAAUGGUGCUAGUCGACAGAAAGAAUAUAAAUCAUCAGAUGCUAACGCUUAUGAUCCUAAAAUGUAUCAUGAUUUGCCUGUUUCGGAGGAAGUCAAAGAUAUAUUUAAAUAUAUUGAAAAAUAUCAACCACAAGAUAUUCCACUAGAAACAAAAUUAAAACCAUUUAUUCCAGAUUUUGUUCCAUCGAUUGGAGAUAUUGAUGCUUUUCUUAAAGUACCAAGACCUGAUGAGAAAGAAGAUUUUCUAGGUCUGAUUGUUGUCGAUGAACCAUCAUCAAAGCAAAGUGAUCCGCAUGUACUUAGUUUACAGAUGCGAUACACAUCAAAACAACCGAUCGCUAGUAGUUUAUUAACGAAUAUAAGAAAUGUAUCAAAUGCUGAUAGAAAUCCUAAAGCUAUUGAAGAAUGGAUUCAUAAUAUAAGUAAACUUCAAAAAGCUAAAACUGUUGAUACUGUUCAAUAUAAAAAACCGAUGCCAGAUAUUGAUGGUUUGAUGCAAGAAUGGCCUACACAAUUUGAAGAACUCCUUAAAGAGACUUCAGUACCGUCAGCUGAUAUCGAUGCAGAUUUAGCAACUUAUACAGAUAUUGCAUGUUCACUUCUUGAUAUUCCUGUAUAUGAAUCUCGUGUUCAGUCAUUGCAUGCUUUGUUUACACUUUAUCUUGGAUUCAAAAAUUCAGAACAUUUCAAAGCUAUGAUGGAUGCAUCUGAAACACCUUUUCGUCGUGGUGGAAAUAAUACAGGAGCUGAUCAAAUGAUUAUAGAUUAA